AUGGAUUCCGAAAAAGGCAAAGGCAAAGCUUCCGCCCCCCCUUCAAAAGACCCAGAGAACGCACCAUCCAAACCACCAGAAAAUCUAUCUCUCCUCUCACGAGUAACAGCCUCAGCAAGUGGCCUUACGCGCAGUGCUCUCACAGCACCAAACGCCAGCGAAAUCACCGCCGCAGCAGCAUUCUCAAGUUCCGCCAAGGGCACAUCAAGCCGUGCCGGAACAGGAAGUGGCAGCUCAGGCUCAGCAUAUGCAGACAGUUCCAAAAGCGCCCAAUUGCACCCAUCACAAUCCGCUGGCCCAGGAUCCGGCACAAGCUUCAGGGCCGGGCAUAGCGACGAACAUGCAGUCCAAUCCGAGAAAGAAUUCUCCGCGUUCUUGGACGGGAUUGAUUCUUUCCAACCAUCCGAAUCACCAGUCACGGGAUAUGACAUUAGUAUUGGAAAAGAUGAAAAUGAAAGUACGAGUAAUGCACUAGCUGAAGCAUGGACGAAAGCUCAAUCCCCUGCUCGUAUGAACCCUCCAUCCUCACGCCUCUUUCAGCACACCACGGUCAUGGAGCAAGAAAGCAGAGAUGGGGAAGACGUCCUAGGCCUCCUCUCAUCCGCCCCUUCCAACUCGCACGAGCAAUUCGAAGCCCCGGAACCAGGGACCGAAGAGCAGGAGUAUGACUGGGGGCUUUCUGCCGAGCAAAAAACAGAGUUAAGAGCUAUGACGAAAAAAUUGGUCGGAUUUGCACCUGCAGAACAGCAUACCGAUAUCGUUGAUGCAGGGCACUCGUUGAAUCUGAUACCUCAAACUCAAAGUGUGGAUUUGCUGGCAUGGAGAGAGCAAUGGGAGGGUGUUCUGACGAGGUAUACGAAUGAGGUUUGGGGUGGACUGUUGCCGCUUGUUAGGGAGGCUAGGAGGGAGGUUGAGGAGAUGAGGGACCGGAGUGGGGAUGGGGGGACUGAGAAGUCGGUGGCGUUGAGGAGGCUGGGUGCUAUAUUGGGGCAUUUGCAGGGGCGUUGA